UCCAUCCAUUCCGAAUCCCUUCCAGAUCGGCGAGCGAUCUACGAGCGAAAACCGAAAGUGAAUUGAUUAUUCAUCCACCUAGUCAUGUCUGCUGCUGCCAUAAACUCCCCGCGCCUACUAGCCAUUGUGGUGAUCUUCUUCAGCAGCUAUAUUCUGGGCAUCUACAGUGCGGCAUGCGCCAGCAGCCAGCAAGUGCAGCAGCUGCAACCGCAACUUGCCAGCCAAAAUGGCAGCUUGGACCUGCAGGCAGGCACAAACUCCAGUCUGGCACGCAGUGACUCACGACAUCCUCGUUGGUUUCCCUUUUACACAAUCGGUCGCUUCUCCAACGACAUUUGCGUGGGCAACAACCUGUUGCUGGGCACAUGCGUGAUUGAUGGCGAAUGCUCGGACAAUAACGGAGUGGCCGCCGGCAGUUGUUCCACCAUUACCGCCCAGGCCAUCUGCUGUAUUUAUCAAAGGACAUGCGGAGCGAGCACCACGUACAACAAUACUUACUUCUACAGCAGCAACUACCCGUCGCCGUAUGCCGGAGGCGGACGCUGCUCCAUUGUGGUGACACCACCGGAUGCAUCAAUCUGCCAGUUGCGCGUGGACUUUCUGGCUCUGUCGCUGGCUCCGCCCACGGGCGAUGGAGCGUGCAGCACCGAUGCGGUUACAAUUACGGGCGGGGCCUCGCAGGUGCCCAGCAUUUGCGGCGAGAACUCCGGCCAGCAUGUCUAUGUGGACUUCAAUGGCGUUAGCCCCAUCACCAUAUCGGUGGCCACUUCGGCCGGCUACACAUUCAAUCGCCAAUGGCAGUUCCAGAUACGAAUGCUGGGCUGUAAGUCGGACUCGCUGGCGCCAGCCGGUUGCCUGCAGUACUAUACGCCCACCAGUGGCACCUUCUCCAGCUUUAAUUACGUGUCCGCUGCAUCCUCCGCUCUCAACUCGAUUGGGGUGCAGGGCACGCGGCAGCUGGCGAACACCAAAUACGGCAUCUGCAUACGCAAGGCGUCUGGCAUCUGCUCCAUCACCUACAGCCAGGUCAGCUCCGACACGUACUCCUUUACGCUGACCAACGAUGUGGGCGCUGUGGAUCCUACCCUGCUGGCCACGUCCUCCGUUCAGAGCCAGGAUUGCACAACCGACUAUAUUGUCAUACCCGCACCCACGCAGAGCGGCGCUUCGUUGGCCAGCGAUCGAUUCUGCGGCCUGGGCCUGGUCUCCACAACAACUGCGGCGAAGCCUUUUGUCGUCUACACGGUAACCGAUGGCAAUGAGGAUAUGGAUAUAUCGAAUCGCGGCUUCUACUUAUCGUAUUCGCAAAAUGCAUGUCCAAUUCUAUAGCUACCUUAACUAAUA